AUGGCGAAGAAAUCUAAGGAACUUGCUGUCUCUAGAAAGAGAGCUGCAGAGCCUGAAGAUGAAGUUGAAUCACCUGAAGAAGAUAAUUCGUUAACGGUUAAUGGUCUCAUUGAUGAUGAAGCUAGUGAAAGUGAAGAAGAUGAAGACGAGGAAGAGGCAAAUGAAGGUGGAGAUGAAGGUAAGCAAGAAGAUGAAGAAGAAGCAGAUGAAGAAGAAGAUGACGAUGAAGCAGAAUUGAAUAAAUUGUUGGCUCAAGAGGAAGGAGAAGAUGAAGAUGAGGAAUACAAUUCCUCUGAUUUCUCUGACGAUACUGCUUCUAUGACUGAUAAAUUGUCUGGUGUGAAAUUGGACACUAUUGCCGAUCCCAACAUUUACACCAAGUAUGCUGAUGGAGCUCCUAGGGUUAUGAAACCAGAAAUUGAACCCAAGUAUGAUAGUGACGAUAGUGAUACGGAAACUCAUAACACUAUUGGUAAUAUCCCAUUGUCUGCCUACGAUGAGAUGCCACACAUCGGUUAUGAUAUCAAUGGUAAGAGAAUCAUGAGACCUGCUAAGGGUUCUGCGCUAGAUCAACUUUUGGAACAAAUUGAAUUGCCUGAAGGUUGGACCGGUUUAUUAGAUAAAGAUUCUGGUGCUAGUCUAAAUUUGACUGGUGAAGAACUAGAAUUAAUCUCUAAGUUACAGAAGAAUGAACAAACCGACGAGAACAUAAACCCCUAUGAACCUCUAGUCGAUUGGUUUACCAGACACGAGGAGGUGAUGCCACUUUCAGCGGCACCUGAACCAAAGAGACGUUUUGUUCCUUCCAAGAAUGAAGCUAAGAGGGUGAUGAAGAUAGUUAGAGCCAUUAGAGAAGGCCGUAUUGUACCUCCACAGAAAUUGAAGGAGAUGAGAGAAGCUGAAGCAGCUGAAGAAUAUAAAUACGAUCUUUGGGGUGACUCUAAUGAAAGUGUUGACCAUGUGAUGAAUCUGAGAGCACCUAAAUUACCACCACCAACUAAUGAGGAGAGUUAUAACCCACCUGAAGAAUACUUGCUCACGCCAGAGGAGAAAGAACAGUGGGAUAAGGCAGAUCCUUCUGAAAGGGAAAGAAAUUUUGUUCCUCAGAAAUAUGGUGCAUUGAGAAAAGUCCCCGGUUACACCGAAUCAGUUAGAGAAAGGUUUGAAAGGUCCUUAGACUUGUACUUGGCACCACGUGUUCGUAGAAACAAGUUGAACAUCGAUCCAGAAUCUCUAAUACCCAAGUUACCAUCACCUAAGGACUUGAGACCUUUCCCAAUACGCUGUUCCACUGUUUACGCUGGUCACCAAGGUAGAAUACGUACUUUAUCAAUUGAUCCAUCAGGUCUUUGGUUGGCCACAGGUUCUGAUGAUGGUACUGUAAGGAUAUGGGAAAUUUUGACUGGUAGAGAAGUUUACAAAGUACAAUUAAUAGAUACAGAGGAAAAAUCUCAAGAUCACAUCGAGUGCUUGGAAUGGAAUCCUGAAAAAGAUACUGGUAUAUUGGCAGUAGCCGCCGGUGAAACCAUUUAUCUAAUUGUUCCUCCAAUCUUCGGAUUUGACAUUGAAAACAACGGUAAGUCUAAGAUAGAAAAAGGUUUUGGAUUCGAUACAUUCGGUGCAGAAAAGAAGUCUAAAGUUGAUGUGAAUGAAAGUGAUGAUGAGGAACAAGAUACUACUGCAGGUGUCAAAAAGUCAGUAGCACAAUGGCAUAAACCAUCAAAGGGUCAACAAGAAAAAGACAUUUCAAUCACAAUUACUUGUAGAAAGACGGUCAAGAAAAUUUCUUGGCACAGAAGAGGUGAUUAUUUCGUGAGUGUACAACCAGAAUCUGGUAACACUUCAGUUCUAAUCCACCAACUCUCUAAACAUUUGACUCAAUCACCAUUUAGAAAAUCUAAGGGUAUUACAAUGGAUGCUAAAUUCCAUCCUUAUAAGCCUCAACUAUUUGUUUGCACACAGAGAUACGUUAGAAUUUAUGAUCUUUCUCAACAAGUGCUUGUCAAGAAGUUGUUACCAGGUGCACGUUGGUUGUCAGGAUUUGAUAUUCAUCCUCAGGGUGAUAACUUAGUAGCAUCAUCGUUUGAUAAGAGGGUCUUAUGGCACGAUUUGGAUCUGGCCAGUACUCCUUACAAGACACUAAGAUAUCACGAUAAAGCCGUUAGAAGUGUUUCUUUCCACAAGAAAUUACCGCUAUUCUGUUCUGCUGCGGAUGAUGGUAACUUGCACAUUUUCCACGCAACUGUCUACGACGACUUGAUGAAAAAUCCAUUGAUCGUUCCAUUAAAACAGUUGGUUGGACAUGAUGUAAUCAACAGUCUUGGUAUAUUAGACAGCGUAUGGCAUCCAAGAGAGGCAUGGUUAUUUUCUGCAGGUGCUGACAACACUGCACGUUUGUGGACCACUUGA